AUGAAUUAAGAAGGUCUGUCAGAUUUCUUAAAACAAAAACCUUAAAGCCUUCUUUAGUAAAAUAAUUAAUUAGGAUCAUAUCGCCCUAAGAGUUAAUAAAAAUAUUAUAACUAACAACAAUCCUUAUAACGUCCCCCAUCAUCAUAACUCUAAACUCUUAGUGGAGCAGUAAAACAUAAACAAUUUAUUCACAAAAAGAACAAUCUCAUGAAGAAUAGAUAAUCUCAAACUAAUUUACAGCAGUAUUAGAAUGAAGAACAUAAUUGUUAUGAAAUCACUCCUUAAUUAUUAUCAGAAAUUAGUAUGGAUGAUCCAAUCUGGAAAAGGAUUCUCCCUAACAAUCUCCAUUUAAAUGAAAAAUAAUUCAUUUAGUUAAUAGAUGAAAAUACAGAUUAUUUUUAUCAUAAUUUAAAGUUAUGUGCAUGUUAUUAAUGCACUUGUGGUAGAUGUAAAUGUGAUGCUAAUAAUUAACUUAAAUUAAAACUAAAUGGAAUUUUCUUAACUAAUUAUGAUAAAGAUUAUGUAAUCAAUCAUAAACCAAAAAAUAGUUUAACUAAUCCAUUAAAUUAAAAAACAUAUGAAACGAAUUUUAUGGAUCAAAAAACUAUUAAUUUGAAAUCUCUGUAUCAAUAAGAUUUUUAAUAACAACCACUUGAAUUAUAACCAAACUUAAAAUAACAUUCUAGUCAAUAAAUAGGAUCUGUCUCUAAUCUAACUAGUUAUAGGGUAAUUUUCUAUUUCUAUAAAAGUCCAAUUAUAAUGAUUGGGGAACUAAUUAUCAUAAAUUUAUUCCCUAUCCUCACAUCAGUACAAGUCCAGAUAUUAAAUUUAUUGGCACAUCCCAAUACAAAGAUUCAUAUAUGUCUCCAAAUAGAUGGAACAUUAAUAAUGCACAUUAUUUUAAAACUUGUUUGUAAACAUACUCUUAUUAUUAAAGAACACCCAUACCUACUGGGUAAUUUGAAGGUUAAACUACUCAUAAAACUAGUUUCCUCCCAUAUACAGCAACUCAUAAAUCUUAAAUUGAUCGAUAAAAUGUAUUUAACUUCUAAUAAUUUAGGUUUAUCAAAAAAUACCUACUUUUGAAGGUUAGUUUAUUUCAACAGAAAUGCAUGAUUACAUUCAAAAAGAUGAUUAGAAUUGUCCUGCUAAAUAAUUUUAAAAAAUAUUUCGUAAAUAAAUGGCUGAAAAACUUUUAAAAAAAAAAUAGUAAUUCCUUAAAAAUUAAAUAUAAUAAAAUUGA